AUGCUACCCCCUGCUAGCCAGGAACCCAUGCCACGAGCCAAGAAAAAGCGAGGGUCGAAAACGAUCAAGAUCUACAAGGGCUUUCGAUAUUGCAAGAACUGGUACUCGAAGAAGCACAUUGCAUAUCGCUGCAGUACUUCGAAGACUUCUGGCUGUAAGGUCACGCUCAAAGUAACCCCGGCCGCUAUUUGGUGGGUGGAGGGUGAACACACGUGCCGUCCGGUCCCGGUAUUGAAUGGGCAACUCAAUGAUGAGACCGACGCAAUGAAACGAACUACAGAUCAGCUAGCAACCCAAAAUCCAACAAUGCCAGAGGGCGACAUUUGGGAGCAAGUAUGCGAGGCGUUCUACGGUCCCGAUAGAGAUAAGCUGUUAAACGGAUUGACAGAGGAGCAAGUUAUCGGGCGUAUCCGUCGCAUUCGCCGCCGAUACUACGGUGGUGAUAUUCACGGAGUUGUGGAAGUCCCUCCCUUCUCCAAAGUGAAAGACUCAGCCAUCCCAUUCUUCCGGUUCCAUUUGGUAACGGCCCACCCCGAUCCUAAGAAAGCACCAAGUCGUGUGCUAGGCUGGGCUCAUCCUGCGCUGAAAGAGCUCCUACUCUACAACAGCGUAUCUCUUUUCCUCGACGGUACUUUUCGAUCUGUACCACGAGGAUUUCGCCAGUGCUUGAUCUUAAUGGUGGAUGACCCAGCGCGUAACCUGUUCACACCGGUAUACUUCGUGCUCUGUACGUCCCAGACUGAGUCCAUGUACGACGAUAUCCUGCAUCUCAUCUACCGCGACACCGGCAAAAAGCUCAAUCCUGCAGAAAUUGUAUGUGAUUUCGAGUUUAGCCUCGUCUCAUCUGUUCAGACCCGGUUCCCGAACGCUGAAGUGGUGGGCUGUUUCUUCCAUUUUAAACAAGCCAUUCGCCGGCGACUGAAAGACGAGCGCAUCUCCGACGACGAAGUGACUAUCGCUAUGGAGUCUAGCGUCUUGGACAUUCUCACUGUAAUUGAUCCAGACCUCGUCGAUCCGAAGGGCAUCGCAUGGGUGAAGCAGGAGAUCAAGCAGAGGUGCAUCGCGAACAAUUGCCCAUACUCACGCCGUGAGUGGAAAAGUUUUUGGGUUUACUUUAGAAAAACCUGUCUUGAGCGAUACUACAUCACAGAGUGGAAUGUGUUUGGUAUCGCCAAUACUAUCGUGGCGCGCACAAACAACCCCUUGGAGAGGUUUAACAGGGAGAUGAACGCCGCGUUCAAGCCCCACCCCAAGCUUCGACACUUUGUUUCUACAAUUGCCAAAAUUUCAACUGCUUACGCGCAGCGGCAAGCCAACAUCACGCGCGGUCUACGCAAGAAGAAACAGCGUCCACCACGCAUUGAGUUGCCGGCUGCCCCCGACUUAGCAUCAUUUGAAGUUCCGCCUGAGUCGGAAGAUGAAGGUGACUAUGAUGAGCUUGGCGACCUGUCCGACGGCUCCGUCGAAUCAGCUCGUAGUGGCGAAGCUGAUCACUCUUCGGAGGAAGAUGAGCCAUCCCGAAAUGCGCAGUCGGCCGAAGACGUGCAGCAGGAAAUUGAUGAGCACGCUAACACUUACAACUUCUUUCUUGACUCGGACAGUGACCAUGAUCCAGAUGAAGAAAAUGGCGUGGAGGAGUGGUCAUUCCAGCCCUCAGACUGCGAUCAUGCUGCGACGCGCUGA